ACGCAUUCCAUAUCACCAUGUGCUUGGGGAUGCCGUUUGAUCCGUGGCAAAAUAGGAAGUUGGGUAAAGCAAACUCCCUCCCUUGGACGAGCACGAGGCUUAGUUUAGUAUAACUGUUUUAUGCUGCUUGAUGCUCCGAUUGAAAACAAUUACAUGGGGUCAUAUGCCGGUACGAUUGAAUAUACAUUAUAAAGGGGAAUCCCUCUCCUGCGACACAGUGUCCAACGAUUUUUUUUUUUUUUUUUCGUAACUAAUGUCGAGCCGAUCGUAAGUAGUUUGACUCAUUUGCAUCGCUGACCAUUUGACAAGCAAAGAAAGUAGUAGUAGUAGUAGUAGACUAGUAGUGCUCUUAUUAGGCUCUCCAAAAGCCCAACUGACCCCUUCCCGGCCCAAACGAACAUGGCUCACGAAAUCUCGAGCCCUUCAACUACUCUCUCAAGCUUCUCCCCGUCAACGAGCUUAAGUCAAGGAGGGAUGGAUUCCUUUCCUAUGGUUCCAAGAAACCUGUAGAGUGGUGGGUCCUCCAUUUUCCCUCCCCCCACUGCCCUGCUUCCUUCCAACAAACCCUCAAAUUGAUUCGCCUUUGUGAAAUGCAAAUUCAUUUCUUCUUGCUUGUAUUCAACCAAAUCCCCUCCCCCUCCGUUGAAAUUUUCUAAUCGGCGGCCAUGUCGGACGGCACCGCCGACACCUGCUGCAGGUGCUGCAGCAGCUUUAUACUGACGAGCGGCCUCACCGCCCUGUUCCUCUGGCUAAGCCUCCGCACCUCCACCCCGAAGCUCUUCCUCCAAAACAUCUCCAUCCCGUCCCUCAAUCGCUCCCACCCAAUCCCUCCUCCGGCGAACUCCUCCUCCUCCUCCGGCGCCCUCCUCUCGUUCGAUCUGCGGCUGGAGAAUCCCAACAAGGACAAAGGGGUUUUCUACGACGCCGUUAAGGUCUCCUUCUACUCUCUCGACGGCGGCAACAACAAGAGCAUCCCCUUGGGUAAUUUCACCAUCCCGCCGUUCUACCAGGGUCACCAGAAGAAGGCCACCAAGAGCGGCUCCCUCAACGGCACCACGGGGGCGGCGGCGAUUCUCCGGCGGGGCAACGAUUCGUCGUCAGCGCCGCGUUCCUUCCGGGUGGAUAUCGCGACUCGGGUGAGGUACAAGAUCAUUUUCUUCAAGACCAAGCGGCAUCGGAUUGCCGUGGGAGCUGAUUUCCAGGUCAACGACCAGGGGACCAAGGUCAACUCCAGGGAUGUGAGGCUGAAAACGACGCCGUUCUGUUGGGAAAUUGGUGUUCUUGUUCUCUCCGUUUUGGUUUUUUGAAGUCUUUUGGAUGUUCUUUUGCUAUGCAAUUUCCAAGUUUUGUAAUUUUUUAAUCUAUGGAUAAAUUUAGACAAUGACCUUGACUUCUCAGUUGAACUUCACCUAAUCCCAAGUCGAGAAAUUUGUUGUAAAGCUGGGAGCUUUACUCCUUGCUGCAAUCUUGCUUCAGGUUCUGGUUUCUCUGCUCUUUUCUCAGUCACAUCUCCAGCUAGUUCAAUCAAAACAAAACGCUGAG